AAUAAUACUUCAGUGGGAGCAACAUUCAUUUUUUCAUUCUUUAAUCAACGGUAUAUCCAUUUAUGUAUACGUAGAGAGACGUAGGUCGUGGAAUGAGUAAUAGCCGACGUACUAUGGAAGCGUCUGUUUACGCGUGCUGCGCAGAAAUAUUUUUAAGGUAGUUUAUCGUCUGCUAGCAACAAGGUGGCGUCAGGAUAUCGAUUGUGUACGUUGCACUCCUGGCCGGCAUGCCGAUGAAAGUUAUAAAGUUCCUCAGAAUUCGUUUGAAAAUUGGGGGCUAAGUUAUCAAAUCCUUUUUUAAAAAUGGACCGGAGAUGAUGCCAGGCACUUCGCGUCACCUGGGAGCCUCCGCUGGCGGACCGGAAUGGGAUACGUUGAUGGAGGUUCAUCAUGAGCCCAUUGAAAAAAAUUACGAACUGUUAGAAGAGAUUGGAAAAGGCCAAUUUGCCGUGGUGAGAAAAUGUGUAGAAAUAAAGACUAAUGCCCUUUUUGCUGCUAAAAUUAUGAGAAAACGGAGGGUUGCAAGGGGUGUGGCCACAGCAGACAUUGCACGAGAAGCAGGUCUGCUAGCUCGUUUGAGACAUCCUAAUAUCGUGUCUCUGCAUAAAGUGAUCGACACAGGUACGACUGUUGUUUUAUUGUUGGAAUUAAUUACCGGUGGUGAACUGUUCCAUUGGACCCCAUCCAGCGAAGUUGAAGCUACACAUGUGGUACGGCAAGUUUUACUGGCACUGAGCCACUUACAUUCCCACCAAGUUGCGCAUUUGGAUAUUAAACCAGAGAAUAUUCUUUUGUCAACACCCCCUCCGAUGCCAAGCAUUAAGUUGAUAGACUUGGGACUCUCUCACCGCUUGACUCCUGGUUCUGAACAUCGGGCUCUUUUUGGGACUCCUGAAUUUGUUGCUCCCGAAAUUGUAAAUUACGAGCCUUUGAGUCUUGGCACAGACCUCUGGGCAGUCGGAGUAUUAACUUACAUUCUUUUGAGUGGAGCUUCACCAUUUCUGGGUGAAGAUAAGCAAGAAACAUAUGCCAAUGUUGCUUCGUGCCAAUAUCAGUUUGAUGAUGAAUAUUUCAGCAACGUUUCUGCCCUCGCAAAGGAUUUCAUACAAUCCUUGUUCGUGAAAGAUCCAAAAGAAAGAGGCAAUGCAGAAUUAUGUUUGAAGCACCCCUGGAUAACAACGGGCUCUGACGGACCUCAGAGUCUCAGAGGGGCUAUAGUUAGUUCUGUCAGACGUGGGUGUGUCGAAGCUGUUUUGCAAUUACUAGAGCAAGGGGCUCCACUGGAUGCAACCGAUUCGAAAGAAGACACGCUUUUGCACAUAGCUUGUGAAACUGGAGACGAGCCAAUGGUCAUUUUACUGUUGGAUAGUGGAGUAGAAUUGGAUGCUGCAAAUCAAAAGGGUUUGACUCCGCUACAUGUGGCAGCUCGAUAUGGACAUAUCAAUUUAGUAAGGCUGUUAUGUCAUGCUGGGUGUGAUGUAGAUAAAACUAACAGGGGAAUUCGUGCCGAUGUGACGGCAAUCAAAUAUGGGCACCAUGAGAUUGCAAAUCUAUUGGAUAAGCUCAGAAACCCAGUGCAGAGAGAAAAUUACAUACGACAACUACAGCCAACUCAGAGGCCAAUAGAACGUCUUCACAUUCGUUUAUUAGGACAUUGUGCGUCAGGAAAAACGUCUUUGGUGCGUUCUCUUAAAUCUGGAUUGUUUAGUUUCGGUUUUUUCCGGAGAUCUAGGAGUCAAAACUAUACCGCAAAGAGAGAACCAAGUAUUGAAUUAGAUGUAACAAGCAAGCACGGAUCUUUGAGUUUCGAAUACAGCGAUAACGAAUAUGAAGGUACUAUGGGAAUGGAAUGGAGUCGUGGGAACGUAGGAGGUGAAUGUGUGUUCUGGGAGUUAUGCGGUCGUGAAGAAUAUUUGACAACGUAUCAUCAUGUUUUGACAUACCAACAGCCUGCAGUUCAUCUUAUAACAAUCAGCCUCAGAGAACCAUUAACGGUGCAAUUACAGCAAGCGAGGUUCUGGCUACGUUACAUUUUAGAUCGCAUUCCACCAACCAAUAUAGGAUUUGGGGGCAGAUGUAGUGAUGUCAAAGUGAUAUUAGUCGGGACUUAUGCUCCUGAACCUCCAGCACCCACCUCUAAUGGAGUGAGCCUUUUAGCUCCACUUCUGCCAUUUUUGAACGAAUACACACCAAUUUUGGGAGAAGAUCCUCAAAUGGUUGCAUUGGAUGCUACCAAUCCAUCCAGCCCAGGACUCAAGCUUCUACGAUCAUAUUUAAAUUCCAUCAGAGCGCAGUUCAACGAGGAAGGAGCGGAACCUACGGAAACUUUGCGUCAAGGUCACGAGUCGAGUGCCGCACCCAUGUACGCGCCCUUGGCAAACCUUGAAUCGCAGGGAGCAUUAGUGUGGACAGGUUUAGUCGAGGCAUGGAGGUGUUACAUACAAGCUGUAGAAGAUCCACCAGUCAUGUCAAGUAUGGAAGAGUUGUUGACAGAUGUAAGAAAAGUAAAUCCAUUGGCAUCGUUAGAUCAUUGUAGACAACUUGGACAGCAGCUACAGGCCUUGGGAGAAUGUGUACUUCUCCCUGAUAAUUUGGUAGUUUUGAAUCCCGAAUGGCUUUGGCGCGAUGUGAUUGGCUGGCAAUUAAGUCCAGACCAAAGGGGUCGUUUGGGAGGACGCACUACCGGCGUAUAUACUAUGGACGACUUUCAGGCAAGGUGUCCUUGUCCUGCUGCUCAAGCACUGCAAGCUUUACAAGCUAUGAAUCUCUGUGUGCCAUGUGAAGUUGAUGAAGAUGAAGUAGAGUUUGAGCUUCCCUGUUUGAAUCUGGUCGAACGAUUACCCGGCCUGUGGGAGCCGUGGAAACCUUGUCCUGCCACAUUACCACAUGCAGGUCUACGUAUUUGUCUAGGAGAAGCUUCAUUGUAUCACUUGUCGCCUAUUUUUCCUCAUUUGCAGGCGCAAUUGCGUAAAAUUACGCAGUCCUGGGAUCCUCGUGAAUCAGAUCUAUAUCAGUGGUGGCGUGGGUCCAAAUUGUGCGCUGGACCCUGCGAAAGCAUAGUUACAUUGGAAGAAGAAGAUCAAGGAUAUAUCGAAGUGAAAGUUCGCGGUCCUCGUGGGACUGGUAGUCAAUGUGCUGCUAUAUUCAAUGUCAUCCUCGACGCCUUGGAUACAAGUGUGGAAAUCGUAGCUCCUGGUAUGCUAUUAGAAAAGCAUUGGUUGAGCCCUAGUCAGCUGCGGGACUAUGAUGAGAUGAUACACAGCUGGGAACCAGGAAUAUUCCUUUCCGCGUUGAUGGAAAAAGGUUUAACCGACGCCAUGAUGAAAAAUCCGUUCAAUGGUCAGCAAGAGAGUAUCUGGGAAAUCGUUGGUUUCGGAUUAUCGUUAAGUGAUAGUACAAUUCCUGGGCCACGAUUACCUGUAAAGCAGAUAAGAGCUAGCAUACAAAGGCGACUAGCCCAGAUGCUAGAUCCUCCUGAUCCUCACGGCAGAGACUGGUGCCUUCUCGCCGUUAGGCUUGGCCUUGGAGAUCGUGUAGCACAAUUUGAUAGUACGACAGACAGUCCCACUCUACGGUUACUUAACUGCGCAGGCACAGAUUGUACUGUUGGAUCACUAAUUGGACAACUUCGAGCAUUGGGUCGUGAAGAUGCGGCUAACCUUCUGCUUUCUCAUACACCGACGCAUUAUCUAUCCCUUGCAAUUGAUUCAGAAACUGGCUCCAACUUAUCCAGAUGACGAUUCAAUAAUCAUCAAUGCCAAAUAAGCACGUUUUAGGGUUCAACAAUAGAUCUUGUUGAAUCUGCGUUCAACAAACUUGCCAAAAAUUCACUGUUUCCGCCCAUUUUUCUAUCUAUGCACUACCAUCUGGGAUUAGGUCAUGAUAAAAUGAGUGCUAGGAUGCGAGGAUAAGAAGUAAGUGAAUGCCAUGCAAAAAGUACUGAACUCCCUCAAUUUCUGAAUAAUAAGCGGUACUUAAUACAUAAAAUGUAUGAUUAGAUCGGAAUUCUUUGAACAUUCAAUCAUAUAACCCAAUGGAUUUUUUUCGUGUAUUAAAAUGCAAGAUCAGUAAUCAGUAGCAUAUUCAAGAAGAGACUUUUUGUAGUUGAAACUAGUUAUUUCUCUUGAAUGAAUCAAAUUCUUGAAGGUACAUAAUUCUGAUCUAUGUUAAGUUUAUAGAGAUAUGUUGAUUCGUUCAAUCUUAAAUUUCUGUCUGUCAAGUGCUAUGAGCAUGAUAGUGAGAUAUGAAUUUCUUCUAGAUUGAGCUAUGCGAUCACACGAUCUGUUAGGGUUUGAGCACAUCUAGCACUCGUUUCUGCCUUAUGGCUUUAGUGAGUAUUCACUUAUUGAUGUUGUAAAUAUUUGCUUGUCGAUAGCACCCUCAAGUUAUUGCACAUUGUUUGUGAAGCGAUGUAUGUACUUAAUUAAUAUCAGCAGUACCAGUUGCAUUGCAGUUGAACAGUACUGUUAUACAUAUUCUACGACUGUAAUGCAUACGUGAUAUGAUAUGUAUACUACGAAGAGCAGUACCUGUAAUUUUUGAGACUGUUUCUCAUUUCUCCAAUGUCUUAGACGUUACGUUAAUAUCGACGAAUUUACAUGAUUUUAUUUCAAGGUGAACCUGCUGCUUGAAUACACAAACAAUUAUUACUUUUGAAAUAGUGGGUACAGCAGAUCCAAUAGCACCAUAGAGCAAGGCUGAUAUGGUGUUGAAUAAUUCCACAAAUUCUGCUCUUCAACCACAAAUGUUGUUUGUCUCAUGAUAAUGAGAAUAAAGUAACAGCAAAGGCCUUUGACUGAUUUGUAAUAAAAGUACAUAAAUAGUAUAAUUAAUUUAUUGGCACUGAUUCGGCUUGCAAACUGAUUUCAAAUAAGGCUUGUACUUCGGUAUGUUUAUCGGUACUUUUGUUAGAUUUUCUGAGUUAGGUAAAAUAUAUGCUGAUUAGACCGUGAUAAGCCGUCUCGGUUUCGGAUUGACACCAGCGAUUUGCUUUCAAGGUAUAUUUAUAUCUUGAAACUAACCCAGCCUGGACAAAUACAUUUAUGAGUUCUAUUGGAGAGUCAAUUCAAGUGAACGAUAUUAGGCAAUGAAUUCAGAACGUUAUAUACAUCUUAUUUGGUAUUGUGCCAAAACAUCAAAAGGCUUGAGCUUAAUCAAAAAGUCUUUCAGCUUUAUCAGGAUCUAAGUCUAUAUAUUUUACGUAUGCAUACCUAUGCAUCGGUGUGUAUUAUAUGAAGUUAAUGUAAGGGACGCACAAUCUUUGCCUUAUGCUUACUGUGGUAUUAUUCGUUGUUGCAAAGUGUACUUCAUAUUUGGGACUAUUGUUGUCAACGCCUUUAUUACGUGCCAUCAAAAUUGGUCUGUUCAUAAUUAAUACCACAUAUUUGUAAUUUCUAAAAAUUAUUUACUUUACUGCAAAGACUAUUUAUAUGUAUAUUCUGAAGUAAAAAUGUGUGACUAAAAGUCAAUCGUGAACUAGUCGAUACAAGUCAUAGGGUUGGUAACGACGCUGCAACUUGAAAAUCUACAUCUCGAAAUUUUAUGGCAUUACACCUGCGAUAUCAUUUUGGUUUUUUUCUGAUGCACACGAAGUAGAUAUAACAACAUAGUAUUUCAUUAUUGACUUUCCACUAUAUCCCCACAUUCAUAAUAAGGACUUACAAUAAUAAACAGUAAUAUUAACAAACAUACAUAGUAAUAUGCCUCAUCGAACUCGGUAGUAAUGUCGAAUGUUAUUGAAUACGUGGUUAAUCAGAAUGUUUUCUACCAUUUUAUGAGCCUAAAGUAUUGCUUAAAAGCUAACAAUAUCACAAGAAAAAUAACAAACAAAAUGACAAGUAUGUAGACAAAAUAAAUUUAACUCAGGAUUAAGUUAGAACUAUAUCUUACGUUAUUGGAAGAUUUAAUAAAGGGCUGGCAAAAUA